AUGUCACUCGAGGGGUACCAAAAAAGGUUUUUGGAUGCUGCAGUGGCUUCGCAGGCCUUGAAGUUUGGAACUUUCACCUUGAAAAGUGGAAGACAGUCUCCAUACUUCUUUAACAUGGGUCUUUUCAACAAAGCUCCAUUAGUGAGUCAGCUGGCUGAAUCUUAUGCUCAGGCCAUCAUUAACAGCAACCUGGAGAUAGACGUUGUAUUUGGACCAGCUUAUAAAGGUAUUCCUUUGGCUGCUAUUACCGUGUUGAAGUUGUACGAGCUCGGCGGCAAAAAAUACGAAAAUGUCGGAUAUGCGUUCAAUAGAAAAGAAAAGAAAGACCACGGAGAAGGUGGAAGCAUCGUUGGAGAAAGUCUAAAGAAUAAAAGAGUACUGAUUAUCGAUGAUGUGAUGACUGCAGGUACUGCUAUCAACGAAGCAUUUGCUAUAAUUGGAGCUGAAGGUGGGAGAGUUGAAGGUUGUAUUAUUGCCCUAGAUAGAAUGGAGACUACAGGAGAUGACUCAAAUACCAGUGCUACCCAGGCUGUUAGUCAGAGAUAUGGUACCCCUGUCUUGAGUAUAGUGACAUUGGACCAUAUUGUGGCCCAUUUGGGCGAAACUUUCACAGCAGACGAGAAAUCUCAAAUGGAAACGUAUAGAAAAAAGUAUUUGCCCAAAUAA